AUGGCCUAUUACGUCGACUCCCCACGCUACGACCACCGCUCGGCUCCGGGCCACGCUCAUUCAACCGGUGGUGCGACGCAAUACAACAACCAGCCGCCUCGCUUCCAGCACCACCAACAACCGCAUCACCCGCAGCAGCAACAGCACCACAACAGCUACCAGAGCCAUGAACCGCCCUCGUACCCGACACACUACUCGCACAUGUCCGGUGGGCCCAGCUCGGGCGCUUCUCCGCGGAGCUACCCCGCCUACGAUCCCGAUUCGCCUUUCAACUCGCCCUUCGUGCCAAUCAAGUCGAUGGGUCGAGACGGGCGAUUGAAAACCAAAUUGAUGGGCAUCGGCUCCGAGGGUGGAUACUUGACCUCGCCUCUGAUCGGUGGCAACCCGACACUCGAUCCAUCCACGACGAUAGCGAUCGACUCGCCCGUACCGAGCGGAUCCUUCACCCAUGACCACACUCCCUUGACGAAUCUGGCACCGCGCACAUCGAGUCUGGCGGCACGAAAUUCGACCUACUUGGCCGUAUCGACAAGUGACAACAUGGGGAGUAUGACCGGGAUGGGCAUUGAGAUGCCUGGGCUCGGCAACGAUCUCGAGCUCGGCGAUUACGUCAACCCCGAGACGGCGGUCGUGACCGAGGGUGCUCGACCAAGAUCGCGAAUGGGCGCGGCAUACCAGCCGACCACAAUCUCUGCAGAAGAGGACGCAGCAGAGACAACGGAACCGGCUGCGGAACCAUCACCAACCAAGCCCAAGUCGAAAGUGACAAGCUUCCCUGGCUCGCCACCUCCCGCUGGUAAAGCCCAACCACCAGCGACUGGCCGACGACCACGGAAGCAGCUCACACUCAAGUCGUUGAACAAGGCGAAGUCGUGCUCGGCACUUUCGCCCGCAGCCAAAGCGCAACAGUACGGUGGCGAACCCCUGACGCCCGUCUCGUCCCACUCGAGCAGCUUUGUGAUCCCGAAUGUUCCCUUCAACUCGCCCCUCGACGACGCACUCGCGCAGUCCGCCGAUCCAGCGAUCAUGCCCUUGAGCUUUUCCGACCUGUACAGUUACGGCCUUGCGAUCGAUCCUGUCGACGAGAUCGACGUGCGCAAGAGCCCAUACCAGUUCGCCAACGACUUGCUCUCCGCCGACGGCAACAUCGGGAUGGGAAUCGGCUUCCCGCAGGACGAUGAACAGGACUACCAAGCCUCGUUGCCGACGCCUUCCUUUGCGCACGACUCAGGCUUCUCUUCGCCUUCCAAUUCGUCUCGAUCAGGUCCUUCGCCCGAUAUGAACAACUGGCGGAGCCCGAGCCAUCUGUCCUCGUCCUCGAUGAUGCAAGCAUCGUCGAUGCUCUCGGCACCUUCGAUGGAGAGCACUUACUCGUUGCCGAUGGCGAUGGCGCCUCAAUCGGCGAGUCGACAGCGAUGCGCGACCUAUCAUGCUGGAGGAGCUCCGACCCGCCACGAGUCGUUGGACCCCGCUCUGGUCAGCCCCGGCCCACGCUCGCCGAUGCACUCGCGCCAACUUUCGACCAGACCGGCCUACGGCCAGCAAGCAAAGUACUCCUAUCCUUCGCGGUACCAAAGCCAGAGCCAGGGCGUCCCGAUGAUGUGGGCCAACAGCGUACCACCAUCGCAAGCGCAGACACCCCAUCUCGCCCACCAGCACGCCCAGUACAUCAACUCGGUCGACACGACCAUGUUCAUCCCUCCGUACCACGAGGCGAACGUUAUCAACAGCAACGUCAACAAUCCCGAGUCGUUGGAGGACAUGUACGAACGCAUCUCGGCAGCGUCGACGGGGUAUUCGACACCGGGCAAGCGAGGACGCGGCAACGAGGAUGAGGACGAGUUCGGCGAUGAGGUGACACCUCGAGCCACCAGGAUCGCCGCCGCAGCUACUUCCCCUUCACCGCACAAGAAACUGCGCACCGUCGCUUCUGCGCCGUGUUUGCCCACUCGCCGCAUGCGGCCCGGCCCCAAGCCCAAGUCGCUUAAAUCGCCGCAAGAGCAACAUCAAUCGUCGUUUCACCUGUCGUCCCCUCCGAUCCCACAAAUCCCUCGCUUCUCCCGCUCCGAGACACCGGCAUCCGACGACGAUGACGACGACGACAGCUCCAAGGGCGGCAAUGGGCAAGCCGGAUCUUUGCCCAAAGAGGUCAUCCAAAGUCUGUACGAGAGUGUACCCGGCCACGUCAACGAUAAGGAUGUCAAAGUCUCCAAACGCUAUCUCUGUCUGAUGGACUCGUGCGAACGUACCUUCCCUCGCAAGAGUGCGAUCGAGAGUCACAUCCAGACCCACCUCGAGGACAAGCCGUUCGUGUGCCCCUACGAGGAUUGCGAGGCAUCUUUCGUUCGGCAGCAUGAUUUGAGGCGACACGAACGCAUCCAUUCUGGCAACAAGCCUUUCCCUUGCCCUUGGUACGUCGACUCGAUUCCUCGGAUUCUGAAAAUGGUUUGAGCUGACCACUUUGUGCUUGUUCUCUGCUCACAGUGGGAAAGGUUUCGCUCGAGGAGACGCCCUUGCCCGGCAUCGUGCCCGAGGUAUCUGCGAAGGUUCCCUUGUCCCUCGUCGAACAUGA